AGCCCCCUUGGCUCAAGCCGUUCUCAAACACUUUCCGAUCGAGCCAGGGUUUUCUGGCUUGUGUUGGGCCGCAGGGAUGGCCGCCUCUUUCGAUGCCCUCUGGCCAGCCUACGAGGCGAAGAUGAAGGGAGACGGUUGCAACGAAGCCGCCAUCAACGCGUUCAAGUACAAUUUCAAAGUGUUGUGCUCUGGCGAGUCCACCAUGAUGCCAGAGUCCGCGCUGGACCCAGUGGCGCCGUUGCCGAGGUACGAGUCGUUGGACGUGACCUUGGAGCCGGAGCUGUUGCAGAAAACCCUCGUCCUGAAGUUGAACGGCGGACUCGGUACUGGCAUGGGGCUGGAUAAGGCGAAGUCCUUGCUCACUGUCAACGAGGGGAACAGCUUCCUCGACCUCAUAGCCAAGCAGGUGGCAUGGAUGAAGAAGACUUACAGCCAGCCUGACAUGAAGUUCAUGCUGAUGAACUCGUUCGCCACGGAGGCCGACACCCAGGCCGCACUGGCACGGUACCCAGAUCUCGGCACUGGCGCCGACUUGUCCUUCGUGCAGAACAAGGCCCCCAAGGUCACCAAGGACGGCUACGCGCCAGCGUCCUGGCCCGCGUCCCCAGACAACGAGUGGUGCCCGCCCGGGCAUGGUGACCUCUACCCCGCGAUGCUCGGCAGUGGCACCCUGGACAAGCUCCUGUCCAAGGGGCUGAAGUACAUGUUCGUGUCGAACUCCGACAACUUGGGCGCGACGAUGGACCUUAAGUUGCUGUCCUACUUCAAGAGCACCGGCGCCCCUUUCAUGAUGGAGGUCGCUGACCGCACCGAUGCCGACAAGAAGGGUGGCCACCUCGCCACUAAGAAGUCCGACGGUGGUCUUACGUUGCGCGAGUCUGCGCAGUGUCCGGAGGAGGAUGAGAAAGCUUUCCAAGACACGGCGAAGUACCAUGGGGGCGGAUUUCAACACCAACAACCUGUGGGUGGACCUGGUGCAGCUGAAGUCUCUCUUCGAGUCGGCUGGCGGCGCGAUUCCACUGCCGGUGAUGUUGAACGACAAGACUGUGGACCCGCGCGACAAGAAGUCCACGAAGGUCAUCCAGCUCGAGACCGCCAUGGGCGCGGCCAUUUCCUGCUUCGCGGGCGCGAAGGCUAUCUGCAUCCCGCGGACGCGGUUCGCGCCGGUGAAGAAGUGCGACGACCUGCUCGCGCUGCGGUCCGACGCCUACGUCCUGACCGAGGACUUCCGCGUCGAGCUGGCUCCCGAGCGGGAGGGCAAGCCCCCCCUGGUCAAGCUGGACGACCGGUACAAGUUUGUGGACGCCAUGGACACCAUGAUCCCCAACGGGGUGCCCUCGCUCAAGUUCUGCAAGAAGCUGACGGUGGUCGGCGAGAUCGAGUUCGCCGCGGGUGUCGUCCUCAAGGGAGAGGUCAAGAUCCAGAACGCUGGCGAGGGGAAGAAGGUGGUGGCCGCGGGCACCUACGAGGACACCACCGUGGAGCUCUAAGCGACCGCGGCCGGUGGGGUGCACUCGGGGCUGCAAGGCCAGCCUCGGGGGGCACGGGGCCCUUCGGGCGCAAGGGCAACUUGGGGGUGUGGCGGGAUACUUGCUCCUCUCUCGCGCCCCUCGUCUUCGCACGCGGGCGAAUGUCAGGGCAAAGCCAGACUCGAGUUUGCCGGGACUUUGUUUUGUGUCGUUUCUUCGCGGCCUCUGCGCGAAAUUUGACUGCCAAGCGUGUGAAAUGUUUGCACCGGGAGAUCUCGCGUCAGCUUUGCAGGUUGGGCCCCGCCAGUGUCCCGCAAGCACGGGCGGCGCCGCCAGGUAACCUCGAGUCCUCCAACUUCGGGUCUCACGCCUCCCCGGUAUUUCUUGGCGUUUCGCGUGCGGUGAAACCUUGG